CGUCUCUGUGAGGACUAAAACAACAGUCACUAUAACACUACACAGCUCAUCACUGAAACAAGCAAGAGACAGUUGGCACAACAUGUCCUGUCUGGAUGGAGUGUCUCUAAAAAUCCCUCUUGGUUUCCUUAAGGAAGACCAGGAGGAGUUGAAGCUCAUCACAGCUCCUGAAAUCACUCUACCUGACUACCUGAAGAUACUGCAGGACACUGAGUAUGUGUUCAGCCUGGAGAACUGGGUCCUCACAGGUCUCCAGAGCGGCUAUCAAACCCUCUGUCCACGGUCAUCAUGUGAGCAGAAGGCCACCUGUCCUCCUUACUGGAUGAUGUUCAGAAGUCCUCAGGAGAGCAGGUUAGCCAGCCGCUGGAGCAGUGACUUCUGGGAGCCCAACCCUCGUCCACGUAGCCGCAGUUUAAAUGCAGCCCAUUACCGCACAAUGAAGGACCACGUAAAAUGCGCCAUUUCCGAUUCAGAAGAUGAAGAAUUUGAAGGAGAUGGAGCUACUCAUCAUGAAUGCAGACAGGGCGGAAAGAAAGACUCAAGCACUUCUGGAUCAUCAAACUUCCUCAAGCUGCCUUGUACACAGCGUGAGGGGAACAUGCGACGAUCAUCUCUCUGCAAGUCUUACUUCCCCAAAAGAAAUCUCCAGAGGACCCAAAGGUCUGCUGGACAUCCAAACGUGUCCUUUAUGACAUCAAACAACUGCUUGCCGUCUGAAUGCAUUUCUAAGCCAAGGAACAACAAAGAGACUCCAAAGCCCCAGGGUUCACCGGCCCCAUCACGGCCACUUAAUUCCCACGCUGCUACCCUGGACUCUUCUGUCGAGCUGCUCUCCGCUCUCAGCCCGGAAGAGAGGGAGCUGCUGUCGGCCAUAACCGAGCGGGGUUACCCUCUCCGGACCGCCAUCAUCGCCCUGCAGAAGACGGGCCAGCAGAGCCCAGAGCAGAUUUUGAGAUAUCUGGUGGCUUGUGAUAGGCUUUGUGAACUUGGCUAUGAUGAAGCACAGGUUGAAGAAGCGCUGGAGAUGUUUCAAAACUGUGAGACCAAGGCCGAGGAGUUCCUCCAUCUUCUUGCACAGUUUAAUGAAAUGGGUUUCCAGCAGAACACCAUUAAAGAGGUCCUGUUGGUGCAUGAGAACCAUAGAGAACGAGCCCUAGAGGAGCUCAUGAACCGCAUGGCCUGACCAAUCACCUUUGACAUGAAUGAACUGCUCACGUCAAAUUGUUGUGGCUUAUUUAUUAUAUACUAAAAUGUGUAUAUUUGUUGUUCCUUUUGAACUCUUUUCCUGCCAUUGAUGAAUUAUCUCGUCAAUUAAGAGAAAACAUUUCCCUGCCAAUGCACUUUCCUGGCAAGUGUUUACUGUAAUCUGUAAUUCCGCUAUUAUCCAGUAGAUGACCCAAUGUAUAAAAACUGAAGCAAAAACAAAAUUUUCAACAUUUAAAGCAACACUAUGUAGUUUCCAUGUAAAAUUGACUUACGGCUCCCCCAUGUGGUUGAAAAGUGCAACAGUGCCUGGUAUCAGACACUCUUUUGCAGGCAGGGGGAGGGGUGGGGCUGUGUGCUCUACCCUCCACCUCGACUUUCAGACUGUGCUUGUAGCAGCUAGGAGGCUGCUCAGGUUGCAGCAGCAGUACAAUUUGUCCAGUUAAGUGUUGUUCUAUCACUGAAAUAAUUUUAGAGACAUUAUUUAAAGGUUGAAAAACUACAUAGUGUUGCUUUAAAACUCCGUGUUUGUUUUGAUAAUCGUGCUGAAUCUGAUCUCUAACAAUGCAAUUAUUUCAGUUUUUUUGUUUAAAAUUUGUUUUUGUUUUUUAAGAAACCUACCCAUAUUUAAGAGGUAAUAAAAAGAGAACAAAUGAAUAUAUGAUGAGACAUUUUUUUUCCGUUUUGUUUUUUCUUUGAAAGCAGAGGAUCUGUUUGAUAUAUUUGUAUGUUUAUAUAUUUAUAGAAGAACAUUUUCCUGGAAGGCAUUUUGUGAAACUUGUGAAAAUAACAAAAAAUGCUGGCGGGUAAUGAGAAUUUUUUUCAAUGUUAUUACGUUUCCUUUGUCUUUGCAGUAGCAAUAAAACUUUGCAUUUGCUGCUUUAUUUACAGAAAUGUAAACCAUGGGAAUUUAUUAUGUUAAUGUUUUAUUCAUAUUUCAUGAAUAUGUUCAUUAUUUUACUACGUUAUUUAUUAUCCAGGGUUCCCAAGGGUAAUUGAAAUCCUUGAAAGUUUUCGAAUCUGGGGGAAAAAAUUCUAGGCCCUGGGAAGUUUUUGAAAAUAUACAUACAUAGAUACAGGUCAUUGAAAGUGCUUGAAUCUAUUUUAUGCAAGACAUUUUCUGGAAAAAUCCAUAUUAUUCCCUGUGUAGUGUAGGAUAAUAUCAUAAAAAUUCUAGACUUUUUAAGCACACGUGCUAAACUGUUCGCUUUAAAUGCUUAUAUCUUCUGUAUGCGAAUGUUGAUUCAUACCAAAAUGCUUUUUUGCAUAGUUGUGUUUGACACAUGAAAACGUCUCUGGUUACGUAUGUAACUGUUGUUCCCUGAGAAGGGAACGAGACGCUGCGUCUCCCUUUCCAUGAUUCCUGCGUCCCUGUAACGCCGUCUUUGGCAAUAUUUCAGAUAGCGAUAUACUUCCUGGCUCCUGCGUCACCCUGUCUUUGUCGUUAAGCCUCACCAUUGGUUGAAUUUGAUAAACAUAUUCAGACGCACUUACCCCUGGAGGCGUCCCCAAAGUGUCACCGCAGUGACGCAGCGCGUGUUCCCUCAAAAGGGAACUGUAACAAUGUAUCUUAAAAGGUAACACGAUGUAACCUUGCUCUCACUUGAAAUGUGUCCUCACAUUUAGUCCUUGAAUUUGAAGUUAACUAAGGUGUGGGAACGCUGAUUAUCAUUCAUGCAUCCUGUUAUUAUAUUUGCCUUAGAAUUGUUUAAAACAUAAACAAAUUUAAGCAAUCAUAGGUGUUUUAAGAAAGUGUAUACUAUAAAAUACAGUUUACAAGACAAUUACAUUGAAAAAUAGAGCCUGUGGCAUCAAAUUAAUGUUUUAGGUUUUCUCCUGUAUAUAAUGCUUUCAUUUAUAACAUGCUGAAAAGUGAAAAAGUUUAAUUUGUCGUAUUUUGGUCUGCCCUUAUCUCCUGCUAUUUAAUGUAUAUUUGUUAAAUGUGUUGUGUAUAUGAUGCAUUAAAAGUGUUUUACUUAAUAGUUUGUUUACUGUAAGUAACAUUUGCCUACAUAUUUAUAAAAAAUUGUAGAGCACUUUUGUUUAAAAUGAUGUACACUACGGUUCAUCUGUGAACUAAAGCUGUUAACAUUAGCAGAAGAGUGAAUAACACAGACCUGGCAACAUCUGUAUGUUCUUUUAUUAAACUGCCAAACUCUUGGACCCAGUGUUUUCUUUUUUGGUCAGCUGUUUAGUUAU